UAUUCUUAUGAACGAUCAAAAGUCGGGUAAAGUGGUGUGUUUCGUUGAAAUUGCCUGUAUCUUAAAGCGGAACAGGUUGAGUUUUUCCUUGUUAUUGCUUGGAUUGUUUAUCAAUGUUGACAAUACGGUGAGGGUGCGCGGGGCGCAACGUAAGACGCCCCCCGUAGCCGAGGGGUGUUCGAUGUCGUUGCCCAGGGCUGUUAAUUUCGAUCGGGUCGAUGCUGAUCAGCAUUGAGAUCGACUCGAGAGCCGACGAUGCCCGUUAGCACUGGUCCGGCAGGUCACGGAGAGCCACGCGCCAAACGCUGCAAGCAUUGCGACGAUUCGACUCACGGCGCGGACGGUCCAGCCUCGUGGCGAUUGACUCUGGAUCAAGAUCUGGUCGACACAUUGCGUACUCUCUAUCCGGACUGGUUCAAAUCAACACCAAACGGGGGUGAUCUGAGCAACAACAACAGUAACAGCGGCAACAACAACAACAACGAUAACUCAGUGGUGGAUCAGAAUCAGAAUUCAAGCAGUGCGGCAUCGACAAGCACUACGACUACAGUUCUCGUUGGCGGGGGUAACGGCGGGCCUGUCACCCUCUCAACAGUCCGCCAGGGUCCGCCGCGGACCGCUCUCGUAGUGGUCGCCUCUAUGGCGGACGAUGGCGGACAACAGAAAAGGAGCAGCGGCCAGGUGGAGGACACGACUGCUAAUACCGCCAGACCGCCACCGCUGCUCGUGUCCCCAUCUAGAGCAUCGCCACCGAAAGCAAUUGUCGAUGCAAGUCCGCUGCAACAGGCGAUGGACAAAAAUAAAGAAUCGCUGAAAGUGAAGCUAUUGAUGCGGAGGCCAAUCAACCAAUUAGUGGCUCAGGGGAUAAUGCCUCCGCUUAAGACACCGCCGGCUUUCCAUGAACAACGCAAGCAACUAGAACGUGCAAAAACAGGAGAUCUAUUGAAGGCAAAAAUUCAACAACGACCAGAUCGCCAAGAGUUAGAACGACGACAUAUAUUAGAACAACAAGAAGGUCACGUGGAUCCUAGUCUCGCUGAACGUCAGCGCAUGUUAAAGAAAGCAAGGCUGGCUGACCAGCUUAAUGAUCAGUUGUCACAUCGUCCAGGUCCAUUAGAGUUAAUUAAAAAGAAUAUAUUACAUACUGAUGAACCAAUAGAGCGCGCCGUUAAAGAAGGACUGGUUCCUUUUCGCGCCACAUGUGAAGGACAAUUAAAUAGGCCGCAGCAUCCAAGCAGUUAUGUCACAUACGAAGAUGAUUCUCAGAGUUCAGAAGGCGGUGUUGAUACGAGAAGUACACCGCCGCGUUCUACGGAAUCUAAGCCUAUAGUCCAUGUGACUAAGGCAGCCACUCCAGCGCCUUUACCAACUGCAAGUUUCACAUUUGCUGAAUUGUGUCAAAGUGUUGUUUGUGGAAAUACCACAACUCCCACAUUUCUUCCGUUAGCCGCAAGUCCCGCAUCAAGUUUGAGUCCUUUGUCAUCAAUUUCAUCGCCUCCGUCGACUCAUUCCACUGCUUCUGUCACACCUAGGCCUACAGCACCAUCACCAUUGCAGCCAGCUCAAUUGAAAACCGAUGCUCCAGGCAAAGAUAAAAAUAGAAAAAAAAGUAAAAGUAGCAAAUCUUUACCAAAAGCCAGAACUAUUAAAUUUCAUGAAUACAAAGGACCGCCAAGCGCUCAGAAAAACACUGCUUUAGGAGCAGCGGCGGCAGCUGGGGAAACUUCUUAUGAGUUAUUACUACAACAACAACAAUUAUUCUUACAAUGGCAAUUGGAAUGGCAGCAUAAGUAUCCACAAAUUAUAUUGCCUGCCAACCAAAAGCCUAUUACUAUUAACUCAAGCGAGCCUGUAACAAUAGCAAGUCCUCAAAAUGUAACUGUCGCUGUAUCCUCUCCAUCUUCUUCAUCUCCUCCUACGAUUAACAAUGGAAAUAAUUCAGAUAUAUUUAUGAAACCUCUUGGUAAAUUAGAAGAUAUGAAAGUAUCUGAUUUGAAAAUUGAACUCAAGAAAAGAAAUCUUCCUGUAUCCGGUUCGAAACCACAGCUGAUCGAAAGGCUAAAACCUCAUAUUAUGAUAUCGGAGUCCGAUUCUGGAAGUGUAGAUACCCCAGCACCACCUAGUGUAUCAAGCGAAGAAUCUCUACAUGGAGAUUUUAGCGAAGAAGUUGGAGUCAAUUCGCCUCGCAACUCAUUAUCACCUGCAUCGGAUCACGAAGCAAUGGAUUUACAAGCUGAUUCACCUGGAUCAAUGUGCGGGAGACAAACUCCGGCACCUGAUGAAAUAGUGAAAGAGCAACAGAGAAAAAUUGAGGAGUUGAAGCGAGAACUUCAUAAAUCGCAAUUGCAGGUACAGCAAAUGCGACAAGCUCCUACUAAUAGUUCUCAAGAACCUAAAAAUCAAAAAUUAGCAUUACAACAGCAUUUACAUAAUAAAAUGAAAUCCCAAAAAAUAUCGAUGCAUCUCCAGCAAUUGCAAAAUUUGCAAGCACAGCAAACAAAGCAACAUCAAGAAAAUCAGCAAAAGCAACAGAAGGAGCACGUAGCAUUUCAACAAGGUUUAAGUGCAAAAAAUCAAGCAAAUUUGUUAAUGGUUCAAAAGCCUAUUCAGAUCAAUGGAUUUAAUAUUGGAACUAUAAUGGCCACACCAAAAACUGACAAUUCAACAACGAUAGUGAAUGGUUUACAAACAGUAAAAGGCAAAAAAAAUCUUGGAAUAGUUUUGAACAAACAACAAGCUGUCUUAGUACUGAACAAGUUAGCCAAAGGAAAAUUGAUGAAUGAACAUCACAGAACUGCAUCAUUGCCAACAAUUUUAGUACCAGCAAAUUUAUUGACAUCAGAACAAACAAAUGUAAUAUCAUCUCCACAAAAUAUUUCAAAUGAAAUAAAUUUAGCGCAUGAUGAUAUGCCUACGAUUACAAUUGAACCAAAAAUAGAGCCUGAAUCAAAUGAAGUUCUUGAUAUAAAAUCUCCACCUCAGUAUGAAAUCGCUACGAGUCAGCUGAAAAAACCUCAAAGUAAAAGUCAUAUUAAAUCACAGAUAGUUGAUGAUGUUCUCGAAAUAUUAAUUAAAAAUGGAGAACUUCCUCCAAGUGCUGCCCAGGACCCAGCUACUCCAACCACACCCGGAACUGCUGUUUUAAAUAAUGGCCUUGUUUACCAAAACUCGGCCUUAUUCCUCCACCGUCCAUUGCCCUACACUGCUUCAAAUGCAAAUAUUUUAACACCUGACGUAACAAAUCAAAUGGACAAUUGCACUCGUUUGCUGCAGGAUAUUGCUUCAGCGGAGCAUUUGGAUCAUGAUCAAUUUGACCAAGAUCAGAAAGUAGUUUCUGACUUGCUAUUAGAACAACAAAACGAGGAGGGACAUUUAGAUUUAAAAGCAUUAGGCUUAGAUUUAGAAACAUUUGAUUGUUUGGACUUUGGUUCAUUAGACUGUGAUAAAUUAGAAUCUCCUCCAGAGUUUAUGGAUAUAGGAGAUACGCCUAUGGAGAUGGAUGAAUGGCUUGACUCACUUAUUCCUGUUUCUGAACUUCAUGACAAUAACACCAUGUCAACUCCUCCACAUCAAUAUUUUGUUACGCAGCAACAUAUGCCAAUAUCGAUGGCUACUUCGCAAAAUGCAGAUUUAUCUACUUAUGAUCCACUACUUGGUACAAACAGUGGAGCAUUCGAUCUGUUAGGUAUUGAAGAUCUGAAAAUGCACAGUACGCCAUUGUCAUGGGAUAAGGUAGAUUUUGCUACAUAGUUAGAUCAUUACUUAAAUGGUAAUUAUAAUACUAUUAUGCUAAUAUAAAUCAACCCUCACGAAGUGCCUUGGGUUUUAUAUAUGACGUUGGAAUGAGAUUAGAAACUAGUUUUAAGUUUAUUUAAAUUUGAAAUAUAAUUUCAAGAUAGCCAAUCACCUUCGAACGAUGUACUUAAUAAAUGAUAAUGAAGCUUCCAUUAUUUUAGCUCAUAAGUUAUAAUAGUAAGUGUUACUGUGUGCAGCUCUUUAAUUGAAAGUGAUCUUUUAAGACUUAUAAUUAGGUUAGAUAUAUAGAGAACAAGCGUUUUAUUUUUGUUUGUGCAUUGUGUGGUAUAGAAAUCUAAUUUUUUUAACUAAUAAAUAUUGAAAGAAUAUGUAGAUGGAAUCGUGUGUCGCUGCAUUCCUAUCUUCUGCUAAAACGACCAGGAUAUUAUUAAAAGUCCCGAUUUUUGUUUAUGUAAUAUAUGUGUAUAUUAAAUUAUUGAAUUAUAGUUGACUCAAGGUUAGCAUUUGCCAUUGCUAGUUGUAUGUGACAUUCCAAGAAAAAAUAUGGUUGUUUCUGUAGGCCAAUAUUAAUUGUAUAUUGCAGAAAAGGCAAAAAUAAUGAUAUUAUCUUACAGUAAUGAUGCCAUAGACCAUACGGUUCGGGACCAGCAAGGCGUUGUUAACACUUAGGGUCGGGAUCAAAUGUACUGAAUCAAUUAACAUUUUUAACAUGCGAAUACGCGGUGCCUAAUUUUAGUUAUAAUCUUAAUUUAACGGGCUUGCCUUAAAUAUAAGAUUUUCUUGAUAUAGUUUAAAAAUCAUAUAAACUUUAUAUAGUUUAUAAAUAAAAUUAUAUUUUAAUAAAUAUUUAUUUGACAUAGCAUAUUUAUUCUUUUUUGAUAAAAUCGAUAAUAUGAUAUAUCCAUGGAAACAGAAUGCAAAUC